GUCCUCCCGUGCUGCCGAACUAGCUAUGGCCUCCCAGGCCCAGCUCCGAGACUGUCAGGCUUGGAAAGAUGAAGGCCUGCCUCUCUCCAGCACUAGUAACGAAGCCUGCAAGCUCUUCGAUGCCUCCCUGACUCAGUAUGUGACAUGGACCAAUGACAAGACUCUCGGCGGCCUGGAAGGAUGCUUUGCAAAAAUAAAGGCAGCGGAUCCAACGUUUGUGAUGGGGCACGUCAUUGCCAAUGGUCUGACCCUCAUUGGCACGGGGACCUCGGUGCUGCUGGACCAAGCGCUCCGCCUCUCCAUGGAGACCAUGACAGAGCUUUCCAGGAAACAGCCACUGACCGAACGUGAGAAGCUGCACGUGGAGGCCGUGGAGAUGUUUGCUAAGGGGUGCCUUCCGAAAGCAUGCACCUUGUGGGAGCAGAUUCUCCAGGACUACCCCACAGACAUGCUGGCCCUCAAGUUCUCCCAUGACACCUACUUUUACCUGGGGUAUCAGCCCCAGAUGAGGGACUCUGUUGCUCGGAUCUUUCCUCAUUGGACUCCCAGCGUCCCCCUCAGCAGCUACGUGAAAGGCAUUUACUCGUUUGGAUUGAUGGAAACAAACCUCUAUGAUCAGGCGGAACAGCUGGCCAAAGAAGCUCUAUCAGUCAACCCAACGGAUGCCUGGUCGGUCCACACGUUGGCCCACAUCUACGAGAUGAAAGCUGCGAUCAAGGACGGGGUGGCCUUCAUGCAGACCUCGGAAUCCGAUUGGAAGGACCGAGACAUGCUCGCCUGUCAUAACUAUUGGCACUGGGCCUUGUAUCUGAUAGAAAAGGGUGAAUAUGAGGCAGCCUUGACCAUUUAUGACGAGCACAUUGAGCCGAGCCUUCUGUUGACGGGGUCCAUGCUAGACAUGGUGGACAGCUGCUCCAUGCUGUACAGACUUCAGAUGGAAGGCGUGCACGUGGGGGACCGCUGGCAGUCCGUGCUGCGGGUGACGAAGCCUCAUUGCCGGGACCACAUCCUGCUCUUCAAUGACGCUCACUUCCUCAUGUCCUUCCUGGGGGCCAAAGACUGUGGAAGCGUCCAGGAGCUCCUGACCACGCUUCAGGAAGCGGGCCGAGCCCCGGGUGAGAAGCACCAGCACCAGCUGGCUCAGGAGGUGGGGCUGCCCCUGUGUCAGGCCCUGGUGGAGGUGGACAGUGGAAACCAUGACAGAGCUGUGGACUUGCUGCUCCCCAUUCGGUACAAGAUUGUUGAAAUAGGCGGCAGCAAUGCUCAGAGGGAUGUCUUCAAUCAGGUGCUGCUUCACGCAGCUCUUAAGUGUCAGCAGAAGCCCUACAGGAACCUGGCCAGGUGCUCAGGAACAUUUGCUGGCUCUCUACAGCCUGCAGCCCAGGGUCAGAUUCCUUAACCUGCUACAGGAUGACCAGUGCCAUGGCCACUUGGUCACUGUAGCUCUGGCUUCUUUGCUCUGUCUGUCUCUAUCUCCUGUCUCCCUCCUUGGAGAUUGUUGUUGGAGCCUACCCAAACCACUUCUGAAGGUAAAAGGGGAGAGAUCCACUGGAUGGGGCCUCACAACUCCACCUAAUGGCAAACAGAGGAAACACCACUGGCCCAAGUUCUGGAGAGGAUCCAUCCCCAUGCCCCACACCCCAGGGAACAAAGCCCGAAGCCAGGAUGAGCCAAGUGUUGGUGGCAGGCAACUGAUCCAACAAAGAGGAAAUGGUGGAUGAAGAUCUGGCCCCAGGGGAAGAGCAUUGGGGAUGCCCAAUGGUCAGUCAGAUAGGACUCGGCAUAAUUGCUUAUAAAAAUGAAAAACCCUUCAGGGACCGGGAGGCUGCAAGCAAGCAUAUUCCACAUUUGUUCUAUGUAACAGCAUGAGGGGAGAGGUCAUGCGACUUUGUGGAGGCCAAAUUAUAGAGGCUGCAAUGGUUGAAAGGAAUGUUCGCCGGCCUCCAAGCCAAAGAAUUUGUUAGAAUACUUUGACCAGAGCCUGCCUGGUCUUGCAGAGUUGCUGGACAGCAGCAAUGCAAUGGGAAUCAUCCUCAGGAGAGCCCGAAGGAUUCUCGCUGGAGGGCCCGUGGUGCAGAUGGUCCAGGGGCACAUGCCACAGCCCGGACCAGAGAUACAAGGUGGGAAAAUGUACAACUCAUAGGAGAAGGUGAUAACAAAACCUGGUCCAAGGGAAUGGAGGCCACACUAGAGUGACCUGCCUCCUGGAAAGACCGAGAAGGCCACUUUGAGGCCUGUUACACCUGUAGAGGGAAUGGUCACCCACAGGUAAAUGCCCCAGAGCUGAGAAGGGGCCUUGGAUACUGCAGAGGCUGAGGACUUGGGGACAAGAGGGUAGAGCCAGGGAGCGAAAUCACCUUGGCCCCAAAUGGGGCCAUCUGUGACCUCAUUACUGGUUCCUAUUGGCUCUUCUCCACCUGGUCUCAGACACCCCCAAAGACAAGUGGCUGUAAAAAUGGGGCAUGUGGAUUGCAUUGCUGUCCUGCACAGGGAAGCCCAGCUGACCACUGCAUACCAGCCAUUCUGUGAGAGGCAUUGGAAGAAAAUCCCUAGCCAGCCCUUGUAGGCUUUGGCCUUGCAGGACUGAGUGACAAAGACCAGCCAUACCUGGGAUAUGUGGAAGUGACCUUGGAAUUGCCUGAAGAUGUUGCUGGUGUCACCAAAGUAAUGGAAUAGUCUGUCCCUGGUGUGUCCAGACCCUUCAGCGUAGAAUUUUUAGCACCACCCAGUACUAUCUGAGGAUUGCAAGCACAGUCUGGGCCUCCAGACCUCUGUGUUUGGACCUCCAUGUGGCUUCCUCAGUAGGAGGUAUACCAAUGGACAGAGUCAGUGACUAUGAUCCUUUGGAGGAUAUGUUUUAGUCUAUGGACUGAAUGGGACUGGGGUGGGCAGACCCAGACUAG